UUCAAAAUGUUCAACAUAAAUGUAUUUCUAGGUUUUCAAGUUUUAAUUUGCAUUUGUGUUACAACGAUAUACAGUGAACCAGCUGGAAGGGCUUGUUAUCAGGCUAAGGUUUGUGUGCAUAACGCUGUAGAAAAAUGUGGUAUUGAUUCGAAAGGCAAAUUGCGAAAGUUCAUCGACUCCUGUGAUAUAAAAGAAUAUAAUUGCUUGAAAGGAACUGAUUUUGAGAAGACACUUUUCGAGAAAUGUGCAUCGUUACCAUCUCCCAAAGAAGAUGGUAACAAACAGGACAAAAUGAAAACAAAAGAAAUCGAAGAGUCAAGUCAAAGUCAAGAAAGCUCAGAAACAACAACUAAGAAGUCAAGUGUGAGCAAAAAUAAAAAUGAUAAAACAAAGAAGAAGAAAGCUAAAGCAGAUAAAAAAGAAGAAAGCUUGAAAGAAGAAAAGGAACAUUCGGCAAGUACUGAUCAAGAACAAGAAUCUGUAUCGAAAGUUAACGCAGAUCAAGGAAAUGGCGUUUCAGAAGAAAAUGUAGGUAAAGUAAAGAGAGGAUCCGAAAGAAAAGUUAAAAAUAAAAAAGUUUCUAAAUCUCAAGCUAAAGUAGAGAAUGAUGGAGGUGAUUCUGAAGGGAAUGUUAAAGAUAAUGAUUCACAAAACAAUGAUAAUGAAAACGACGAGCAUGAUGAAGAAGUACAUGACGAUAAUAAACAGGAUUAAAUCAU